AUGGAGGCGACGAAGGAGAGGCGAGAGCGGAAGGCCGCCGGCGCCGGCGAGGGAGCCGACUCGGUGCAGCUGCCGACGGAGACGAGCCCGUACGUGCAGUACAAAAAGGACGACGGCCUGGAGGACUACAAGAUGCGUGCCUACGGCGCGCAGGGCCACCUCCCCGUCUCCGACGUCCCCCACGGCUCCGGCACCGACGCGCCCACCAUCCCCGGCACCGCGCUCCCGACUCAGCACCUGAAUCUGCACGGGCGCCAGCAGCCGCAGCGGGGUGCCCAGGGAGGAGGCGCUGGCGUUCGCCGCACCGACGACGACGAGGCUGCCACCGACGCCAUCAACCGCCACGGCGUGCCGUAG